AUGGGUAGCAUGGCACCACGUCUGAGCCAUAAGAAGACGCGCACCGGCUGUAUACGGUGUAAGGCUCGGAAGGUGAAGUGCGACGAAGCGCGACCAAAAUGCGGUGCAUGUACCCGCCACGCUGUGCAUUGCGAGUACCCUCCGUCUCCGUAUGCAGACCACCGGAGUCCCUCCCAAAAUGGAGCCGGCGAAAGUUCCGCCGAGCACAUCAUGGAGAUGCGGCUGAUGCACGAAUGGAUCGUGUAUACUUGCCACACCUUGUCUACAACCUGGGAGUUCUGGAAGUAUCAAGCGCCUCUACUAGCCUUCGAGCAUCGAUAUGUUUUGGACGCAAUGCUGGCUGUGACAGCGCUGUAUGCAUCCCGGCAGAAGCCGCGGGUCUGGUCUUCGCUCGAAGGGAAGAUGUAUGACGUCGGCGACGAUGAUUCUAACAGCACUCCCAUCAUCGAGGCGGCGCUGCAGAAUGGCUGGAAGAAAGCGACACAAUCUCGGCAGUAUCAGCUUGGUGCGCCAGGUCCGCAGCACAUUAUUGUAAGGUCGGACAAUGCUGGUGAGAUGCUGGAAAUCUCAAGAAAGUACUUCGCUCGUGCCUUAGAGGGGCAUCAACGGGCGGUGGCGAAUAUCACGAAAGACAAUGCUAGAGCAUCGUACCUCUGCUCAAUCCUGGUCUGCUACUACUCGUUAUUCACACUGAGUGAAGGCUCAGAUGAGAACGACUCACUAAUGCUGGAUCCAAUGAAGUGGUUCAGGUUGUCUCGCGGGACUGUCUUCAUCAUCGAGCAGUGGCGUGAAAUAUCAGGGGAAACCUGGUUUGCUGAAGCUGGCGGCAUGUACGGCGAACCAGAUCUCUCAGACAGCGAGGAGCUGUUCCGUCCGAUACACCAAGAACCCUUCAAAUACCUGCUCGCCCCAGUCAACGGCGAAGAGAUUGCCGACGAAGACCGCGAAGCCUACGAACACACGGUCGCAUACAUUGGCCUGAUGUACAAGGGCAUCGUACAAAAUCUCGACUCUCCUCUAGCGACUGGCCGUAGAGUCAUCGCAAUGCCUGCCAGAGUGCCUCUCCGCUUUGGAGACUUGGUGGAAGCGAACCAGCCGCGAGCUAUCGCUGUCCUCGCGCAUUGUUUCGCGUCGAUGAAGCUGGCUGAAGAACGAUUUCCGUGGUUCAAGGGGAUUGCUGAUCAACAGGUUUCGAAGGCGUGUGUGGCGUUGCCGGAAUCGUGGAGCGCGAUGGCACAGUGGCCGCUUGAGGUGGUGAGGAGUGGGAGUGGGAUUGGUCGUGUAAGUGAAGGGAAGCCGUCAUGA